GCGGCUGGCUCCGCCCCCUGAUCGGCUCAUUACCUGAGCUUUGAAUACGUCUGCAAGAGGCUGAGGCCCAUUGGAACUUGAAGCAGCGCUUUUGAGGGCAACGGAAACAAUGAAACCGGUCACUGAGAAACGUGAAAGAGUCCUGACUUACAACGGGGAGGUCAUUACAUUUCAAAUAUCCCAAACUGCAGACGGUGCCAAAACCCACGUCUUACGCUUCUUCAGAAGAACCUUCAACGCCACCUCUGGAAAGUUCACGGAAACCGCCGCCGGGCAGUACGGUUUUCCAGCUGCUGUGUCUGCCGUUGAAUUUGUAAAUGCCGCUUGUGUUGCGGAUUUUCGAAAUGGGCUGAAGGCCCCUUGUGUUCUGCUGAACUCAAAGAGUAAAAAGAAAAGUUCAAGUCAGUCGAAAGUCCUCGUGCUUGUGUUGCACGGUUCCGAUGAGAUGGAGUGUUGUAUGGAGAUCUCAGCAGAUGCUGGAAUUCAACAAGAUGUUCAGGUGGCUGAUGGACCAACUCUGUUAUGGAGACAACAAGAACGCCUUUUCUAUGCCUCGCCAUCGACUUCGGGAGUUAGUACAGCUCCUGUCAGUUUUGCUGCCUUUCACUGGGUCGGCUCCAUAGAGGAAGAACUAAUUAUCGUGGGAAUAAAAAACACGAACUGGGGGAACGAAUCAAGCUCAUCUGCUGCUGAAAGGACACUUAAAAGUACUGAGUUUAUGGUAUAUUCUCUUCCAAGUAAUACAACUAUAUCUGGUACACACUUUGUACCCAACGCAUACAGCCGCGUCAUACGCUGCUUACAUGUGUGCUCUUUACAAUUAGCGGAGGGAAAUUACGAGACAUCGGUCGUAGCAGCGAGCGAUAAACAACUGAUCCUGUUCCGUAAUGGAGUCCCGGAAGAGGUCUGCCAGCUUCCUUUUGAAAAUCCUUGUAAGCUGCAAGUUGCAUGCGCCAGCCGAGGGGAUUUACUCUUUGUUGUUUUAUUUGCUUCUGGUGACGCCUGUGCAAUAUGGAAGGACAGCUUGAAGGUAUCUGCAACUUGGCAGCACGUGAGGGAUAUCCUGGUGGAUGAUUUUCUUGGCGUGGGAUUUGAUCAAAUACUUACGCUAUUUAUGGAUGAUCCAUCUGCUCUGCAAGAAUUCACAUUAACAGACUGCAGUGAAAUUAACUAUCCAGCGGACGCGUCAAGUAACAAAGAACUGGCUGAAGAGGAGUUUCAUGAAAACCGCUUCCGCACUGUUCAGGCACUAGAAGCGAGAUUGCAGGCUGGUUUGCUGUCACUUGAAGAAUUGCAAUAUGAUUUGCAAGUGAAAGACAGAGUCUUCAAGUCAUCGUGUGAGGCCUUAAUAAACAUGGUCCAAGGCAAGGAAGGGACUAUGCAACCUGAAGAGAAGGAGGGUCUGGUUUCUCUUUGGGAUGAUGAUGGGGGAAAUUGCCCCUACUCGGCCCCUGUAGAUACAUGCUUCUCCUCUGCCAUUCCUGAUUGUUUCGUUGAGAAGGUGUGGCAGCGUAUUAUUGAUGAUGUUCUAGUAGUUGGUGUGAAGCUAAAUAAUUCUGUAUCUAUGCUGCUGUGUGACGUAGGUUUAUCACUUAUACUGGAUGAAGAACUAGCUCCACUGUCCCCAGUUACAACGUGUCAAACUAAUGUGCUAAAAUUGGCCCUCAGCUCCUCUCUGGUUUCUGCCUACCAGGAAGAACCAUUGGCAAAAAAACAAAGGCUCUCCUGCUACAUCAGGGAUAGUGUUUCAGGGGACUGCUUAAGAAUACCAUGUUCUCCAUCCUAUCAAAGUGAUUUGGAGCACACAAUAACUGCUGUCACAGAACUGUCUCCACUGUUGGCACUUAAUAACACUAGUUGUGUGUUACUGCUUCACGCCAGGAGGAAAAAUCAACCUGACUCUUUGCUAAGAAGCAAGAAGCUGAUUGUACCAUGUGGGAAAAUUUCUCUAAGCCUUGAAGAUGUUUUAAAAGGGAACCAUACAGUAAAUUUAUUUGAACACUGUCAAGGUGAGGACAGCGUGGAAGACAUUUUUGCUGUUCUAUCUGCAUUUAAGAAACAGUCAUUUCAUCUCUUAUCUCCUGACUGUACUUUGACAUCAGUGAAAGUUUGGCUGAUGGGGCAAAUGCAAGGGGCGCCCCUAAAGCACAUCCCAGAAAUCACAUGCAUUCGUAAACCAGGACGCCUGCAGGGUACACUUUUCAUCUGGAAUCUAAAGAACCCAUGUGAAGGAAUUCUUACCGUGUUUUACAGAAACAAUUCAAUAUUGCUGCAGUGCCUUCACAGUCUAAAAUCUGUUCUUCCUCCAACAUGUGUGAUCAACACCACAGUGCCAGAGGGCAAAGACUGUCUAACCGCCAGAUUGGCACAGUCUCUUGAAGAGGAGCUGCUUGCCCUUAGAAGCUCUGUAUCUUCCGCAGAAAGUAUACUUGAAAAAGAGUCGAGAUGUAAAAAGAGGAACAAAACCUGUAGCACAAUAGAUUCUUUGUCUGACACGAGGGCACGGGUGCAGCAGUACAGAGAAGAACUCCAGACUGAGCAGAUGCAAAGUGACCUGGAAGCUCACCUAACUGUAGAUGGUGAUCUGUACAGGCAAAACUUGCUGGAAAUAGCAGAAAUUCAAAUGAAUUCUGACAGCCUUGCAUGUAGAUUGGCUAAAAUGUAACAUGCAUGCCGAAUUCAUUGUCGUUCGGUGUUCUGUAAAUAGUUAAAACUGCUUAAUAAAAGUGUCUUUAAACAAGACUCACUUUGGCCAAAGUAAAA